GGAGAGCGUUCACCCCCUUCAAACAGACUGGAUUUCUCUGUUGUUUUCUCGUGGAUCAGUCGGCGCUGCAGGAAACUCGCAGGCGCCUCCCCGUUCUCUACUGUCCAUUGCUUCCGGAACUCCGUCUGAGCACCCCUCCAGAUAAGCGACAGUUUCAAAAGCGUGGUCGUCCUUUCCCUUUCGAAAUUUCAUCUCUUCCCACUGCACUGAAACGGUUAUUUCGGGCGUGUUUGCGCCGACAGCGGCUUUCAACUCUUGCCGUGCCUUUUGUCGACCUUUUUUCCUAUCGGGGAUUUCCUAGGUGGCGCCAGAGCCAGCGCCAGUAGGAGCGGCGGCUUUUGUCCAACGGGAAGUCGAGCUGUAGCUACUUUUUACCACUGGAAUCUCCUUGUUUAUAAUCGUGUGGCCCAUCCGGACUCUUUUUUUCCCCAACGAAGGGCCACAAGGUGAAUGCAGUCCUAGCUGUGUCGGGUGGGCCACGUGUUUUCGCCUGUCAUUGUUCGAACGUCUUUCCCUCGUCUUUCUCUUGUUGGUUUCAUUAGUGGUCGCUUGAGCAGCCUUCACAUACUUGCACUGCUUCCAAAAGGCUUUUCUAACAGCCUUUUCAACGGAAUACUCGCUCUGUGAGGUGCAAGAAUUCUGCACCAGGCCGGGCUGUCCCUCUGUCUUCAUUUUCGGACGUCUGCCUUGCGUGUAGUCUCGAAGAAAAAUCUGAAUUUCAGCAGAGAAAGAUAGUUGAGGGGGCAGGCGUGAUUUGAGGGAAGGAGACACCGAGAAUGAACAAGAAGGACUCCAAACUUGCCUCUACAUCGCGAGUACACCGAGCGUGAAAGCCUUGCUACGCCCCCUCUUUCCAAUACGUUCCGCAACACAUAUGUGAAGGAUAUUUCAGACGCUCUUUUUCUCUUCUCCGCUAACAGUUUCAUAACUUUGUCUACUCGAUAACCGCUUUUUCCGUGCUGCCGGAAUCGUUUUCACCUUAUUUCUUCGCACCUACACAGUGAGCUGGUAACUGCGGCUCUGCUGUAUUGUCGUUUCUUUCGUAUUCUGCAUGCGAGGCGUGGAGCCUUGACCGCUGGGGCGGUCCUCUCGAUGGCUCCUCGGAAUCUGAUGUACAGUUCCGCGCAUCCGAGGGUUCUUCCCUCCUACUGUAUAUCCACUUCCCUUCCGUGCUUCUUCCGGCAGCGCAUUGGCCUGUGUUAGAGGUUACCUUUAUCCACGACGCUGCUGCCGGACAUAGCGCACAUAAGCCUUCCUCUUGAUUGUGAGAUUGGUUUUUCUGUUGUGUGUCAACGCGUGUUUUUGUUGCGCGUGAAUAAAUUCAAAGGUUCCGGAGAGAACUACACAGUUGGGGUGGCCAGGGUCGCCAAACAGAGCUGCCAACCGACCAAGUUUCUCGCUGGAUUCGAUCCAGUGUACACGCCCACCUCGAUUGCUGUGGACGUGUUCACGAAAUCGUACCUUUGCGUGUCUGUGCAUACAGUGUACAUCAACUGCAUGUACGUCUGCUUUUUUCAUGGACCAGCCGGUCUGUGGACUCUUCACCGCCUUCUGUUCUGUUGACAGUUGAGGAGCAAGAUGGCGGGGCGGAAGCGUUCUGUUGCCUUUCUGAUCUUUAUUUUUCCGCUCUUUGCCUCCCUUGCAUGCAACGGCUCGCUCGAGGGAGAAUUCGACGACUUUGCGGAGCGAGAGCCUUUUGCUGACAGGGAGCACACUGAAGACUAUUUCAGCGCGUUACCCCCGGCCAGCAAAUCUGCGCAAGCUUCUCUCGACGGAAGGACAGAGCUGGGUGGUAUUUCUGAAGCGCCUGUGCAUGCACCAGCGGAACUGGAGGAGGCGGAGAGCCGCGUUCUCAGCGGCGUGUCGGACCUGACUGCGAAGUUCGCAGAGAGAGCCGACCGGAAAGAAAUUGCUGCUGCUUUGCAGACCGCUGCAGAUGGCCUGCAGGAGACGGUGUCUCGACUCGAGGCAGCGCGAGAGGAGUACCUCGCGGAUCAUUCGCAGGUGAUGGAAAUUCUGCAGAAGUACGCGCGGGCUCGGGAGCUCCUAGCAGUGGGACUCAAGAGCGAAGCGCCGACCGAAUCAGAACUCGCGGAGCGCUUGCGGACCGCGACAGACGCGUACAACACACUCUUUGUGCUGUUGAGUGCGGCUGCGAGACGGGCAGAGAGCGCCCACGCCCUGAUGGAGGCGCUGUCGGCCAGCCAGAGUGCGGCGUUUGCAACGUUGCUGAAGCUCGCGAAGGCGCAGCUGAAUGACGGGGAGGCUGGAGAAGGCGAAACGGAGGCUGCAACCACAGACGACGUCGCUGCGAUCCGCGCGGCCGUCUACAACAUGCAAGACCUGGCGGCAGCGGCGGAGAACGCGACGCGAGCGACAGUCACAGCGAGGACAAAGCAGAGCGAAGAAAUGGCCUCCCUGCUUCUGCGGCGCCUGGGCCACCUCGCGGGCGCUGGACGCCUGAUGACGAGUGACCGGUUUGUGGCUGGGGACAAACAGUCUCAAGCGGAUUCUGAGGAAAUCCGGGAGCAGCUGGACGCACGCGUGCGAGCGAGCAUGCGGACGUCGCGAAGUGCCGAGCAGACACUGAUGAACGACUUGACCUCGGAGGCGCUCAAAACCGUUCAACACGUGGCGGAAGAAACAGAAAUUGCGAACAAAGAGGCAUUUGAAUUGCGGGCAAGCGCCGCCGAGCCGCAGGAACGAUCCAAGGCCACAGUCGUUCUUUUGGGCGUUAUGCUGUGCCUUGCGGUGGUGGCGCUUCUGUGUCUGAUCGUGUACUCGCUUGCUGUCGUCGUCUCUUUCCAGGCCAAGCUGAACGCCGCCCGCGUGGGCGAACAGGUCGGCCAGGCCCACACGGAUGACUAACGACGUUUCACCAAUGCCCGGGAAGAAGCGAAGAAACGUCUUCUCAGAGAAUGUUGUACGGAGGAGUCGUACCCGCAGCCAAAGGCAGUCAACUAGUUCGUAACAGUGCGUCCUAUCGGACGUGAAUUGUAUUUUAUACCAUAUUCUGCGUCAGUAAGGAGUGCCGACAGCUCCCUCGAGCGCGGGCAGCUUGAAGCGGUAUGUCUGUAGUGUUUGCGAAGCCCACGCGAGUAAGUUAACCGACGCAGAACCGGAGGGACGAAAACUGCGGGUGCAACGGGAGGGUGUUUAGAGAUUCGGUUUGGGUUUAUUCCACCGCCGCUUGGAACACAGCGGGCCUAUGAGUGGUGCUGUGCGCUCGGAAGCGAACAGGUCUGCAGUGCGACACGCUUCUGGCUUUCAGUCAUUAGAUAUAACGGUGACAUAACUGUCGAAAUCAAAUUUUCUGGACACAGACCACGGUGCAUUCCACUUGACCGACUUGCGAUGUUUUUUGUGUACAGCAGAGCAAUCAUACGCAUUCUUCAAACACUUUCAUUAUCUUUACUGGGCACCAGCG